AUGGCCGGCGGCAACCCUCCCAAACCCCCUCCAUCCUCCUCCUCCGCCCACACCCACCAUCGGAACUCCGGCUGGGGCUCCUCCGCCGAUAAACCCUCCGCCACCACAAAAUCCAAACCUUCCCCUACCUCCGCCACCGCGACUACCCCCAACAAUAAAGAUACCAAAAAUAACCCCCCUCACGCCCAACCCCGGCCCCGGCCGGAGAACCCAUCCCCCAGGCCUGAAAAUCCGAAUGCCGUACACGGGCCGAGGCCCGUUUUCCCUAUAAACGAUCCGCUCCCGGCCCCAUCCUACGGGUUCCACAUGCUCGAUCGCCGUAGCAUAGUCCUCGCAGAUGGAUCCGCGAGAUCUUACUUUGCUUUACCCCCAGAUUAUGAGAAUCAUGCGCUAGCACAUAUGCAUCGGCCUGGUUUACUGCCCGAUUUCAUGGGCCGUCGUGAAUUCGGGCUGGAAAGGCCUCCCUUACCAAUGAGCCCUGGGUUUGUGGGUCCUGAUGCUAGGGUCCGGAAUCCAGAGUAUUGGGCAUCGGGCACCGGUAAUCCUUUAAAGCGGAAGUUUGGGGAGGAUGAGAGGGGAGGGAGGGAUGAUGGGUAUGAGAGGGUAAGGCAACAGCUGUUGCAAUAUGGAAAUGCAAAUGGGGCUGGCCCGAGUACUGGGUAUAAUUUAGGGAGAGGCGAGGAGAUUAGGGCCUCUAAGAAUAUGCGGGUUCUAGAUGGAAGUUCAACUAAGCUUAAGCAUGGUGAAGUGGAUCAGAAUGCGUUAAAGAAGGCGUUCUUACAUUUUGUGAAAUUGGUCUUUGAGAGUGGGAAUCAGAGAAAGAAUUAUUUGGCGGACGGGAAACAAGGACCUGUGCCAUGUCUAGCUUGUGGCAGGUCUGAUAAUUCGAUUCCAACUUUGUCUCUUUUGAUGUUUGUGGCACAACCUCUAGCCUCACAGAUGAUUCUACAACCACAUGGUACUCGUACUCCAUCGACGCCACAGGUGGCUCCUCGUAAAAAACGGGCCGAGCGUCGUACAAUGGCCCGUCGUACAAUCGGACCGCACCUAGGGUUUCCUCGUCGUCGCGGUCGCCGCCAUGUACGAAACUACCUCCUGCCCGCUGCUACUCGCGAACUCGGGGCUGACCUGGGGUUUCGUCUCCUCGCCAUGGUGGUCGAUCUGCCAACGGGUUAG